AUGACUGCCACAGAAAUCACCGUUCCAAUCACCCAAGCCCCUCCGUACAGGGUGCACGAGGGAAAGACCGCUGUCAUCACGGGUGGCGCGAGAAGCAUCGGUGCCUCCAUUGCUCAGAACCUCGCCUCCAAGGGUGCCAACGUGGUCAUCAUCUACCUGAACGAAUCCUCCGACGAGCCUGCCGCCACCCUAGCCGCCCAGCUCUCAAAAGCACACAAUGUCAAGGCCGUUCCUGUCCGCGCCGACUUCAGCACGCCCGAGGGCUGCACCAAGAUUAUCGAGACCGUGAAGAGCGACCUGCCGCCCAAUGCCAAGACAGGGAAGCCCCAGGUUGACAUCCUCGUCAACUGCGCCGCCCUCUUCCACGCCAUGCCCCUCGAGGCCGUCAACAUCGAGGACUUCCACAAGGUCUACUCCAUCAACGUCCUGGGCCCCAUCCUCCUCACCCAGGCCGUCAAGCCACUUCUCCCCAACGACCGCUCGGGCCGCAUCGUCAACGUUUCGAGUAUCGGCUCCAAGGUGGGCCUCGAGUACCUGACGCUGUACGGAGGCAGCAAGGGUGCCCUCGAGGCGAUGACGCGCACCUGGGCCCGCGAGCUGAAGGAGCACUGCACCGUCAACUCUUGCAACCCCAGCUCCACCAUGACAGACAUGCUCCGUGGUGCCUCUGAUGAUGCCAAGAAGGCCAUUUCAAUGUGGUACCCCCUCACGCCGCUGUGCGGAAUCCGGGAGUGGGAUACCGAGGAGCAGAAGGAGAUGGCCGAGAAGUACGGCGGUCGCGCGGGAUAUGCCGAGGAGAUUGCUGGCAUUGUUGGUAUGAUCUGCUCACCUGAGAGCGGAUGGAUGACAGGAUGCCUGGUCAGUGCCAAUGGAGGCCAGUGGAUGGCCAGCUAA